UUAGUUAUGAGCGAGUUCAAUUGAUAGCAGAAUCCUCUUCAAUUGAGAAAACAGUAUCUUGCAUUUUGGUUGCACAGAAAUAGAAAGGCAGUUACUGUUGAAUUUGUAGAUUCAGCUCAGUUGACACUUGUGGCCAGUAGCGAACAGUUGAAUCCACCAACGAUCAAAAUGCGAUCGCUUAGAUCCAGCCCGAUUAUACUGUUACUGCUGAUUCAUCUCUUCGAUCAUGUGGUAAUAGCUGAUAUUGAGCCGAUUGUUUUAGUGCACGGAGGGGCAGGGACCAUCAGCGAGGAUAGAAUUCCUGGCAAAUAUCGCGGUUCGAAGCUAGCUGCACGUGUCGGUUAUCAGGUGUUGAUGAACAACGGAACUGUUCUGGAUGCUGUCGAGGAAGCAGUUCGAAUCAUGGAAAGCGAUAGCAACUUCAACGCCGGAUACGGAUCUGUGCUGAACUACGAUGGCGAUGUGGAAAUGGACGCAAGCAUCAUGGAUGGGGCCACUUUGAAGGCCGGAUGUGUUGCUGGUGUCCGGGAUGUCCUACACCCCAUUACGUUGGCCAGACGGGUGAUGGAUAAAACCAGACAUAAUUUCCUUGCUGGGCUGGGAUUGGUGGACUUCACUGAGAAAGAGGGAAUCGAAAUAAUGUAUCCGCCCGGUCAACUAGUCACACAGUUUUCCAAAGAUUCUCUGGACAAAUGGAAGCAAAACAACGAGAAACCAAGCACCGGCGAAGGAGGAACUGUGGGAGCGGUAGCAAUCGACAAGUUUGGCAACAUUGCAGCAGCUACGUCAACGGGCGGUCUGACGGGGAAAUUGCCCGGUAGAGUCGGAGAUACGCCCAUUAUCGGUGCCGGUACCUAUGCAGACAAUCUAAUCGGUGGAAUUUCUGCAACCGGUGACGGAGAUACCAUUAUGAAGGUGUCGCUGGUUUAUGACAUUCUGAAGCGUAUGGAAUAUCUGGGAGAUGACAUGAGCAAAGCAUCCGAAGAUGCGCUGGCAGCCAUGUCGGAACGCUUGGACGGUACAGCCGGUAUCAUUGGGCUGGAUACGAACGGAAACGUGGCCAUCGUGUGCAACACGGAUCAAAUCUCUUGGGCGUAUCAGCGUGGGCAGACGGUUGCGUAUGGCGUGCGGAAGGGAGAACACCUUGAGGAACAAUUGUCCGAGGAAGAGAUGAUGCUAGAUAUGUGGUCAGUUUCGGAAGAGUUGUUUGCAACAUAUAAUUGAACAAUUGAAGAAUAAUUAAAAAGAUAAAGAAGCACAAA